AUGCCCAAAGUUUCCAUUGCAAACAACGCUCUCCCAGACUGCGACGGCCCUCAAUUGAGGCCCUUUACAAGCCGCAAAGUCGGCAUUAAGUUCCAGAAUCUCCUCGGCGGGGAGACCUCAGGUACCGGCGGUCACGCACAUGUGUUUGAGGUGUCCAUAGGUGGUCGAACGUAUGCCUUGAAAGUGUUCAAGUUCUAUGAUGCAUCUGUCGAUGUAGGCAACAUGACGGAGAGAGAGCAGAGGGUAAUUCCCAAAAGCCUAGUGCAGGCACAUAUGGAUCCAUUCUAUAAUGAAUGCCGCGCAUAUGGGAAGCUCAUCGAAGCGAACUUGAACGGCAACGUUGCAGUCCGCUGUCAUGGCUACUUGACCCUUUCUGCACGUAUAGAGCAGCGACUUGAUGAACAAUUUGGUCAUCUAGACUGGGACCGCCCCGAUCAGGAUACGAACAAGCCGCUCUCUAAAAGACAGCCUUUGAAUGCUGUUGUUAAAGACUUGAUACGGGACGAUAUUUCAUUCGCUGCGAAACAUGUGGCGAAGAUGCUGCGCGACCUGAAAAAAAUCCGUCGACUAGGCGUAUACCAGUGCGACAUGGCAGCACGAAAUUAUCGAGCUGGCUUGCUGGUUGAUUUCAGUUCUGCAAUAACAGAGCCUCACUACCUGUUUGAAACGCGCGCUCUUUGGGAAGUCAAUGUAAUACAGAGUGACGAUCUCCUGGAUUUUGAUCAAAUGAUCGAAGAUGCAGGCCUCUGUACGUCGAUUGUCGGCCUUCGUGAAGGGGCUUGGAGGGAGCGCGACGAGAUCAAGAAGGGCCACCCUAAUGCAACAGCACAAAACUCGAUCGACCGACGAGCCGGGGAUGUGUGCAAAGAGGGUGCGGUACUGCGAGACCGUGUCAACCUCGCCAGAUGA